ACAUCGCAGCAAGAGGUCGCCACCUUCUUACACACUGUGUUUUGUUUUGUCUCCGUGAUAAAUGUAUUAAGCAUGACAAUAAUGUGGUCGUGGGUGCUGGUCGCGCUAGUAGUCGCCAGCGCGAGCGGCGAACGGGAGCGCAGAGGGUCGUCCCUGCGCGGCGCACUCGAGGCUCUCCAGCGGCGACAACGUGGACGCAGCCAUGGUCCGAUAAUGCCUCCGCCUGACUACGAGGACAUCUACGAGUAUCUGCCGCCGCACGCAUACCCAGAAAACGACUACGUUUUAGAUACUGAAGAUACGGGUGAAGAGAGUGCUCCAAAAUACAUCUUUGAACUAUUGGAUGAUGAAAACGAACGCUCCCCAGAAGGCGCAUACGAAUAUAAAGUAAUCAAAAAGAAAAGUCACCCUAAUUCACUGAAAAAAGAAUCCGCAUUUCGUGAGAGAACCCAAAACUCCGAUAACGACGUGCUCCGGAACAUAUUUAUGAAUCCGAACGAUGAGGACGAUAAAAUGCAAGAUCGCGUUGAGAAUGAUGCCGAAUAUGCGCUCCUCUUGAAUCAACUGUGGUCUAAAUAUAAACAAAACAAUAAUAACAUGCGACCUGAUAAUACAGAAGCGCCCCAAGGUGUAGUCAAAUUGUACAAGGAAAAAGUUGUGAAAAAAAGAUAUCCCGACAACUGGGGGCCCAUCGCAUUUAAAAAGAAACGUAGCUCCGACUUAGAAGACCAGCGACUAAAUUAUGAAGAAAAUAAAAAUCAUAAUUACAAUGCAUAUGAUUUAGCCGAUAAUGAUAACAACGACAUGCAAGAAGAGUAUGCAAUCGCUUUUCAACCAAUUGAUGAUGACCGGCUAUCCGAAAUUUUAGAUGAUGAUCAGUAUCCUUAUGAUGCAAUUGAAAAGCGCUUUCCAGUCACGAAGCGUAGCAGUGGACCCUACAUCAGCCCUCAACAGAAAAGGUUUGCGCUCAAUCAAAGCAAACGAGAUGUACCAAAAAAUUUUAGAAGUAACGUUGGAACAGAUCCGAAAGUUUUAAGAGAUCUAUCUAAAAUUUUCGGUGAACCUGAGUCGGAAAUCAUUAAAAACCCAGUAAAAAGGAGUAGCGAUCAUGAUGAAACCUCUCACGAGAUUAAACCACCUAAUCUCACUAUUUUAAGCCACAACGAUACCCAUCAGCACAAUGUUACACACGAUGAAGAGGACAGUCAUGAGCAACAUAGCCACCCAAUUCAUCAUCCAGGUUUAUCUGGAAAGAAAAUUGAACAUGAUUCCGGUCAUGAUCAUCAUUUGGACCAUGAUCAUGAUCAUGAUCAUGAUCAUGAUCAUGACCACGACCAUGAUCACGAUCACGCACAUAAUCACAGUCACGGUCACUCCAAAAGCCAUGUCCAUGAACAUGAUCAUGAUCACAGCCAUGAUCAUCACGAACACGAGAAAGCUGAAAAACCCUUGAAAAUCAAAAAGAAAUCCAUAGACUGGUCCGAUUAUUUUGGAGUUGAUAAGCGGUUCAAGAAAUCUGUUUCGUUUGUUAAUGAUUUAAAUCAAGAUAGACUCAGGAAACAGUAUUUUGAUACAUUCAAUAGGGAAGUCAUCAAUCCUGUGAACUCAUUUCGUAAACACACUAACGUAAAGAGAAACUUUAUUCAACCAAAACCGAAUGAAGAAACUGAAAUUCAGAUAGAUCACACCCAGGCUGUCGCUAUCCGUAACGACAAUAAACGAAACACUGCUUUAGACAAUGAUUCUAAACUAGACAAUAUUGACAAAAAAUUGCGAAACAUGGAGGGUUUGAUUGUAGACGAAGCUCUACACUACUCUAAUGUUGGCGAAAAACUAGAUUCAAAAGAGGAACAAGAAAUGAAAGAAAAAUUACUGUCUCGCUUGGCCGCUGCUUACAGUUUAGAGAAAAUGAGAAAAGCUUUAAAAGAAUUUAAGCAAAGUUUGCAAACACAGAAAGCAAUAAAUAUGAAACUGUCAGCCGGUAAUGAUGAAACGAAAACUAAAAGGGUUGCAGUAAAAAAGGAAAAGGCUAUUUCUACUACCAAUGAUGUGGCCAACUAUCUUAAUAACGAUGAUAAAAUUGAUGAUUUCCAAGACGAACAAGGUGCUGGUCAUUAUUUGAAUGGCAAAAUCGAAGAACAGCUUUCGGAAGGUUAUAUGGGUGGCAGUGGACGACAUCGUAUGCCAAUUAUGUCAAAUGUUGGUUCGACAGGCCCAUGUCCGGUUCUUGCGAAGAUUAUUCAAAGGUGCCGCGGUGUUGAUUUAUUGGCCGGAGAUCGAGGACAGCUCUUCCUUACUCAUUGCAGUCUUCAUCAAAUCUGUUAUUUAUGCGGCGAAGCGGCACCAACGACUUGCGAUUUAGUUUUCCUAUCCGAAGCUGAUACAACUUGUGAAGGCGACACGAAUUGCCAACGUGCGGCGCGCUCCACUUUAAUGGCUCUUCGGGAGCUGCACGACAACCUCACCGAUGAACUGGACGGAGAAUGCGAGGCCAGCCCCUGUCUUGCAGCUACUUUAAAACUAAACAACGGUUGGCAAAGAGCACUCCGACGUUAGAUAUUCGGUUGGAAACUUUGCAAUCACGAUAUGAUCAUGGCAUGAUCCCAUGUUGACCUAUGCCCGAAUAACUUUUGAAAAAGUAGAUGGUUCUGGGUCGAUUCGUAACUUCGUAACCAGGACAUUCGUUAAUGUUAUUUUUUAAAUAUUAUUAAGUAACAAACUAUUUGGGAAGAUUUUAUGAUAGUUGUAUUUUUUCUAAAGAUCACCUUACUUAUUUGUCCUUCACGAAUAUGUUUUUUUUAAAUUAUCCAUCCGUGUCUAACCAGCCAUAGACACGCAUGGAGUUAAGAAUGAUCUCAUUACUCGUACUAGGAAUAAUAUACUAAAUAUAAUAUUUAUGCGAAGAUCUAUGCUUUCGUUGUUAUAUUAUUAAUGGACAUGUUCCGCAUGUCGUAUGAACAUUAUGCUAAGUACGUUUUGACGAUUCUAUCUUAUGUCAUCUAACAGUAUAAAAGUGUAAAUGGAUCAGCAUAAAAGAGGAAAACUUUCAUAAAUUCGUAGGUUGAUGUUUAUGCGUGUAUUGAAAAAAUACUUUUAUCGUUGUUGAAUAUUUACUUAAAAAACGAUUGAAUACUUGUUUUAAAUAUGUCAACGUAUGUUUAA